AAUGCAGCUGCGGCACGCCUUGAGCUCUAAAUCGAACAGGUCUCCCUGUUUCACCGCACCUGCCAACCUUUUUCCCUUUUAUUCACACCUACAGCCACUUGCGACUGACAACUUCGCAAAUUGCGUUCUUCGCCAGGUUUCAUGUUGAUGACUUAGAAGACCAUCACGACUAUGUCUCGAGCAGUGCUGGUUACAGGCGCGACCGGAAAUCAGGGCGGCGGUGUGGUUGAGGCCUUGUUCAAAGCAAACGCUGGCCUUGAGGUCCUCGCUCUUACCCGCAAGAGGAGCUCUCCCAGGGCCCAGUGGCUUCAGGAAAAAUAUCCUGCUGUCAAGCUCGUGGAGGGCAACGUAAGCGAUGCCUCGAUGAUCUUUCGGAAUGCCACUGCGGUUGCUCCCCAAGGUAUCUGGGGUGUAUUCUAUGUGCCCGUCAUGUCCCCAACAACAUCCAAGCACGAUGUUGAAGAGCGUCAGUCUAAGUCUUUUAUCGAUGCGGCUCUACAAAAUAACGUCAAGCACUUCGUUUACACCUCUGUGGACAGGGGUGGUGACGACUCUCUCAGCAAUCCGACCGAUGUGCCCCAUUUUACUACAAAGCACAACAUUGAGAAGUACCUCUUGGGCAAGACAAAGGCAUCCAGCAUGGACUACGUGAUUCUACGCCCUACCUGCUUUUUCGAUAACUUUACCCCUGGCUUCGCGGGGAAGCUUGUGAAUACCUGUUGGAAGGUUGCUCUCAAAGAUCGACCCUUGCAACUAGUUGCGGUCAGUGACAUUGGCUUCUUUGGUGCACAGGCGUUUAUGCAUCCCAAAGAAUAUAAAAAUCGAUGCAUCUCCUUGGCAGGUGACGAGAUUACGUUUGAGGAAAUGGCACGCACAUACAAGGCUCGUACCGGGGAGAAUAUCCCGAUGACCUAUAGCUUCCUUGCUCAUCUCCUCAUGUGGAGCGUUAAGGAUGUCGGCAAUAUGUACCGUUGGUUUUACAACCACGGGUACAAGGCCGAUAUUCCAACGUUGAAGAAGACCCAUCCGGAGUUGAAGGAUUUCGAAAACUGGUUGGAGAAGGAUACGAAAAUGGUUAAGAAGCACUCCUAACUCACCAGCCUGGGAAACAUUUACGAGGCGAGCGGACGGUGUCAGAGUACAGGUCUACGUCAAAAGCUCCCUAUAUUCCGCCUUUCCCGC